UUAUCUCUUACUAAGUGCGUUUUACUUGUAAUUUUAAAGCCAAUUAAUUUAGUUAUCCUAGAAAAAUCGAGUCCGGGGUUGUAUUUCAAUAAUUUCUUCGGCAAAUUCACUUGUUUUGACAGUGCUCUCGAAUACGAUAAAAGUGUUGAAUUCUUGAAAAUGGAUUUUGGUGGUGGAAGGAGGACGGCCGGCGGCCGGCAGCUCCCCUCGGAGCCCCCAUACAAGGCAUACGUCGGUAAUUUACCCGGAGGUCUCAUUCAAGGCGAUAUUAACAGAAUUUUCCCUAAUCUAACUAUUAAAAAUGUAAGAUUAGUAAUGGACAGAGAAACUGACAAGUUCAAAGGAUUUUGCUAUGUGGAGUUUGAAUAUCUUGAAGAUUUGAUAAAGGCAAUUGAAAUGAACGGAAUUAUAAAUGUAGAAGGUCAAUUUAUUAAAAUUGAUGUUGCUGAAGAAAAACGAAAUGACAGAGGCGGCGGCGGUUUCGACCGAGGCCGGCGCGACGGUGGCGGUGGUCGCGACGCGGGACGCGGCGGCGGUGGCGGCGGGGGCGGGGGCUUCCGCCGGGACAGCAACGCCUCGCGGGGCGGUACGUACGACCACCACGACUCCCAAGACCGCCGCCAGCCAGGCGGGUUCACUCAUGAGCGCGAGCGCGGCGGCGCGCCGGGCCCGGGCGAGCGGUGGGGCGGCGGCGGCGGCGGGGGCGGGGGCGAGGGCGGGCGCGGCUCGCGGGGCGGCUCGGAGGAGCCCCGCGGGGGCGGCGAGUGGGGCCGCAUGGGGCGCACGGCGCGCGACCGCGAGCCCCGCCCCGCGCCCGGCGGCGGCCCGGGUGGCGCCCCCCCCAGGCGCGGCGGGAACUUCGAAGAUAUGCCGAGUUCGCGGCCUGACACGACGGGCAGACCAAAGCUGAAGCUGGCGCCGCGCACGGUGAAGGACCCGGUGAACGCGCUGGCGUCCACGUCGCAGGCCUCGUCCAUAUUCGGCGGCGCGCGGCCGAGGGAGGAGCGCCUCAAGGAGAUCAGCAAGGACUAGACCCCACACUUACCACAUACUCUACUCCCUGUACCAGUGAGCGACGCGCGGCCGCCGCACCCCCCAAUACACCCCUGUACAUGGACUCUUCGAUUUGUUAGGUUACGUGGUUGUAAAUCAUUUUUAUCAUAUAUUUUGUUAGCUUUAUUUUGUGUAUUGAUUGAUGAGCUUAUUAUUGUUUAUCGACUGCCCGCUUGUUAUUUGAGCGGCGCGGUCUCGCUUGAGGGUUCACAGUAUUUAAAUUGCUAGUUCUCGUCUCACUCCCCCCGUAAAUAUUGCAGUUGUAGGCUUGUGUGUAAAUGAAUUCCGCUUUGCAUAAUACAUAAUAUAAUUAAAUGUCCGGUUCGAUAUUAUUAAUAACAUUACAUAUUUCUGAGAAGAAAUUUGAUUUUUUUUUGUUCAUAUUUGUGUUAUUUUAUAACAAAAAAUAUAAAAAUCUAAUAAAAAUAAUUAUUUUGUUUAUUAUAAUAGUAAUAAUGUCGCCGUUGUGUAUCAGAUUUGCUGAUGUAAUGUUUCUCUUGUUUAGUGUUUAGAUCCGGAAAAUUAAUAAUUGAACUGAUAAUUAUGGAACAUAAUUUAAGAGUUGAUUAUGUGGUGAUGUAAUUACGGUUUUCAUUAAUAAAAAUCUAACUUCCACGUAUUUGGAUUUCUACUUUAAUAAUACAUAAUAGUUAUUGUGUAAUUUCAAUAAUUAUGUGGUAAGUAAAUUAAGAAAAAAAUCGCAAAAAUGUAAUGGAAAAUAGAAAAAUAAAAAAAAUCUUUGUAAUUGA